GAGGACGCAUUCUUCCUCCCGAUGCUCCUCCGCGAUCUGCGGCGCGAGGGCUUGUUCCCACCCCACAGCCGCGGCGUCUUCCUCAGCGGCGCCCCGUAUCGGCUCCAUCUCUUACACCGUUACGAGCUGAAACCUAUCUCCUCUGCCUCGGAGCUGAAGGUCGGCGACCGUUCGAUCGAUUUUAUGCUUGCCGCAGACGGCUUCUGCGAUGCCUCUUUUGCGUUCGCCGAGAGGGUCCUGAGAAUCGGCGGCAUUACCGCGGUCCGGUUGAGCUCGGACCCGAACUAUUCCUUGCACUUGCCGCCGAAUUAUAGGAUGGUCUACAUCCGGCGGUUCGGUUCAACAUUCGUUGCGAUCAAGAAAACCGCACAUUCAGCUACAAAUGGCUAUAUCAGUGGAACAGGAAGAAGACUACUAGCAGUUCCUGAAGCCAAAAAAGAAGCUUUGAAAGGGUUAGAGGAUGUAGUACUGGAGCCCCCGCCAGAUCGAAGGGAACUUCAAAAGCUGUACAAGAGCACUAGAUUCCUCCCGGACCUUAUUGAUACAUCGCUUAGUGAGUAUCCAAGGCGGGUUUUUGUUGACGUCGGGGAAUCAGAAAUGGGCGAAACCGAGAAGUGGUUUGAGGAACACUAUCCGGCUAGGAAUUUCAAAUUCGAGAUAAUAAGGUUGGAUUUUGCGGGAAGAGGGAAGAAGACGAGGGCCGCGGGGUUACAAGGGAUUUCGGAGUGGAUGGGUGGGAAUGUGAAUGAGGAGGAUUAUGUGGUGAUGAAGGUGGAGGCCGAGGUGGCAGAGGAGAUGUUGAGAGGGAAAGCAAUUAAGCUGGUGGAUGAGCUCUUUCUAGAGUGCAAGCACCAAUGGCAAAAGGAAAGGAUGAGCAGCACUGGAAGGGCUUACUGGGAAUGCUUGGCUCUCUAUGGCAAGCUCAGGGAUGAGGGUGUCGCUGUGCACCAAUGGUGGGGUUAAGUAUAAAAUGAGUACUUUGUAGUGUGAGUAUAGAGACUAUAUAUAAGUCUCCGUUGCUUGUUGUUUCUAUGUGUGUGUGUGUGUAUGUGUGUGAAGUAGGGACUAGUAUGAGCUCUACUUAAAUAAAAUCCUGCUCAGGAGGAUUUGUCUUUGAAUAUGCGAGUAUUAAGGUGAUGUGGAAGGGGCUUUGCUAUGUGGUACCAGUUGUGUAGGUUUGGUCUUAGGCAACUUUGUGUGGAUCAUGUGCUUUCUUUUUCUCAAUAAAUUUUCCGUAUGUUAUCUUUU